AUAAUUGAAUGCUAUCGGUUUAAUCAACUUAACUGUAGACGUGUUCAUUCGGCAGCUUUCAUCGGUCUGUUUAAGCAAAGUUAUAAUAACGGAUAAGACCCUGCUUUGUGUAAUAAUAUUGACAGGAUCGAUUCUGCUAAAGCGAGCAGCCCGCUUGUCUGAUUGCCCUGCGUUCACAGCGCUAGAGCUGGGACGGGUGAAUAAUGCCGAGUUACUGCUGUCCCUUUGUUGACAGAUCCAGGAGACAAGUCCGCACUGUGCGUGGUUUAACAGCGGGGCGCCUGACGUCAGGUCCGCACGUGACGGUGCUGAUAGUAUAUCUUUAACUGAAAAGUAAUCUAUCAGGCAUUCUUUAACCCGGCUUUACAAAGCACUGUCAUCUUUGCUCCCCGUUCCCAACUCAGUUUGUGACACUGGGAAUUACACUUUUCAGGGGAGCUGCGUGAGAGAGAGAGGCAGACCGAAGCACACAGCGCGCACCCGGGCUCUUUCAACUUCAGACUCCCUGCAACUAACUACACCACUGCGUGUAUUAUUUUCUGAAGUGUAAGUUUCACUGGCGGGCCGUUCUGACCUGCAUUUAGAAUUCGUUGUCAUCUGAUCUGUCGGAUCCGAGCAGGACGGGUCACGCACUUACCUUUGGUUGUUCUUGAGUAAAGCAAGCUGGGAUGACCCUAUCUGGAAGCUGCACGGCCAACGCCAUGUCUGGUCAGACGGUCCUCAUAGCCGAAGAUGUGGAUAUCGAUGUGGUGGGAGAAGGUGAUGACGGCAUGGAAAGGGACAGCGACUGCGAGAGCCAGGGGCUCCACGACCGCGGGGAGGAGGUGGAGGAGAUCGGCGUGAAAGAGAUGACCGGGAGCCCCUGCGAAAGCACCGCCGAGGCGCAGGACACCAAAGGGGACGGGCAGGAUGGCGGGUCCGGCCCCAUGCAAAACAAGCCCAAAAACAGCCUGGUGAAGCCCCCUUACUCUUACAUCGCGCUCAUAACCAUGUCUAUCCUCCAGAGCCCGCAGAAGAAGUUAACCCUCAGCGGUAUCUGCGAGUUUAUCAGCAACCGCUUCCCCUACUACAGAGAGAAAUUCCCUGCCUGGCAGAACUCCAUCCGCCACAACCUGUCCCUUAACGACUGCUUCGUGAAAAUCCCGCGGGAGCCCGGGAACCCUGGCAAGGGCAACUACUGGACCCUGGACCCCCAGUCUGAAGACAUGUUCGACAACGGCAGCUUCCUCCGGAGGAGAAAACGCUUCAAGAGGCACCAGAGCGAGAUUCUGAGGGAGCAGACCGCGCUCAUGAUGCAAAGUUUUGGGGCGUACAGUCUCGGGGGUCCCUACGGCCGCCACUACGGAAUUCAUCCAGCCGCCUACACCCACCCGGCGGCUUUGCAGUACCCCUACAUGCCCCCCAUGGGUCCCAUGCUUCCCCCGGCGGUCCCUCUCUUGCCCUCCACUGAACUCAACAGGAAAGCCUUCCACUCACAGCUCAGCCCCAGCCUUCAGCUGCAGCUGAGCAGCCUGAGCGCGGCGUCCAUCAUCAAAUCGGAGCCGUCCAGCAGACCCUCGUUUAGCAUAGAGAACAUUAUUGGGGUCUCCAGCACGUCAUCCAGCACUCAGGCUUUCCUGAGGCCCCCCGUCACCGUCCAGUCUGCCUUACUGAGCGCACAGCCGCUGUCCUUAACCCGCACCUCAGCUGCCGUAGCGCCCAUAUUCAGCGUUCCUACAAAUUUAAUUUCUGGACAAUUCCUCCCCUCAGCGUCUGCAGCGGUAUCCAAGUGGGCCGCACAGUGACACUGCCCGGGUUUACUGUGUAAAUAAACUGUAUAGCCCACUGUUCGGUACGCAGCACUGGACUCUGACUGCAUUAACUGUAGCCACGGUCAUUAAAGCCUAAGAAACACAAGGGAUGCGGUUUGUACAGGUAAACAUUUGUAAAUAUGUGUACAAAGAAACUGAUCUACUUUUAUGAAGUUUUGUUCUUUUAUUAUUAUUAUUAUUAUUAUUAUUAUUAUUAUUAUUAUUAUUAUUAUUAUUAUUAUUUUGUUUUAUUGUUUGAGCUGUAUAGCAGUUCUUUCGUUAUUUUCUGCUGUCGUUGCUGAAGAUUCACUGAUGGUAAUAAAUGAAAUGAUAAAGAAUGUUUUUAACAACAGAAAGAAAGAAAACCCCUGUCAGUGUUCUGUUACGAUUACAGCAGCGUGUUUAUAUGAAUUGAAAUCUGUGUGAUCUAUAUGUAGCUAUAUUGUGUUGUACACUGGAUAACUUUGUUAAUAAAUCUGAAACAUCGCUCGCCGUGUCUGUGUGUAUGUGUGUGAGUGUGUGUGUGUGUGUGUGUGUGUGUGUGAGUGUGUGUGUGUGUGAGUGUGUGUGUGUGAGUGUGUGUGUGUGUGAGUGUGUGUGUGUGAGUGUGUGUACUUCUCUUUUCUAAGCAGGGGGCUCUUCUGGUGCAAAGGGUUAGU